CUCUUAUACGGAUCGGACAACAAAUCCGACCAAGAUCAAAGUCUCUCUCUCUCUCUCUCCGAGUAACUCUUAUCGAUCGAUCACGGCCAAAAAAGUAUCCGAUCUACAAGCCUUUCCGUUCAAAAUGGGAGGGAUGUUAUACAAGCUCUUCGCCUCGGCUUCUCUGCUAACCCUCGGAUUGUACCAUCUCGUCUGCACAUUCUUCCACGUCCUCAAGUCUCCACAAUCCUACGCCGCCAAGCCUUUCUACCCCUUGCCACGUGUCUCCGGAAACAACAACCGUCUCCAGAAACUACCCUUGAUCAUCCUCAUACUCUCCCUCUCCGUCGCCUUCCUCCACCAAACCCUAAUCUCGUUCUACUCCGACCCCCUCGUCAAAGGAAGCACCCCCGUCCACCGCUUCUCCUCCCUCAACUCCGCCGCCGUCUUCCUCCUCUUCCUCCUCGUCUCCGUCUACCUCCUCCUCUCCGAAUCCGCCUCCUCCCUCGUCCCUCUCCCCUCCGAUCUCCUCUUCGCCCUCGCCUCCGGCGGCUUCUUCCUCCACUACUCCGCCGCAACGGCCUCGGCCUCGAUACAGACGUCUGAUCUCCAGGCUCACUGCGAUUCGCUGUCCGCCCGCGUCUCCGCCUUGUGCUCCCUCCUCUGCCUGCUCCUCGCGUGCAGGCCGAGGCUCUUCGUCGCCGACGCUGCACUCGCUGCCUCCGUCUGCCUUCAGGGUCUCUGGCAGCUUCAGACGGGGCUCUCUUUGUACGUCGAUGGGUUUAUCCCCGAGGGGUGUCAUCGUCUUCUUGAUGUUUCGGGGGGCGUUGAAGGUUCGACGCAGUGUGAUAUUCAGGAGUCUAAGCUGAGAGCUGUCUCGGUUUUGGAUCUCAUGUUCACUGUCCACGUGGUGCUUGUUGUUAUCUUGCUCUUUGUGACGUACACGAUGGUGGCGAUGGCUGCUGGAGUGAGGAGGACUGGUUCUUACGAGGCGUUGCCAAAUAAUUCUAGUGAUUCUUCUAAUCACAUUCAGAUGAAGUCGUUGACUGGAACUCAGGCUUGAAUGUGUGUAUGUCUUUUGCUUAUUGUAUGAUCUCGCUCUCUCUCUCGUUUUAAACUUUUUUUUUUGGAAGGAACUUGUUGCUUAUUUAUUUGUUAAGUAUAAUGUUCAGUCCUGUUAUAACUUGGAUAUGAUGACAUGCUCAACAGAGUUGUGAUAUAUUCUUAGUUUUAUUAAGAAUAGCAUUGCAAGUGAAGUGA